UACAACCAUGGCUAGAGUUCUUCGCUUCCUCGCUGUUUUACUGGUAGCUAUAGCUGUCGUAAAUGCUGAAACCUUCGAAGAUAAUGCUGAUAAUCCUGAAGAGGUAGCAGCAGAAUCCGAGCUUCUAAACUUAAAUGAAGGUUUAGAAAACCUCUCUGAUCAAGUAGAGUACAAAGCCGAGGACAGCGAAGAAACGGAAGAAGAACAGCCAGAAGAUGCUCCUAUAGAACAAGACACCGUGAAAGAAGAAACUUCAUACGAGGCAGCUGAGGAGGAGAGUGACCCAGAGGAGGAUGCCCAAGAAGACUAUCCACAAGAUGACGAUGAAAUAGAGCAUGACAUGGAAAACAGUGAAGAAGACGAGGAAUUGGAAGAAGAGCAAGAUGAGGACUAUUCAGAUUCAGACCGAGAAGAGGGUUUCUUAGACAUGCCAAAGGAAGACGUUACUUGUGGUAAACAUUUCUUCAGUCUGACAAAAAAAUGUUGCAAUGGCAAAGUGGUCCCAAAGAAAUUCAUAUGCCUUAGUCUUCCCCUGAAGUGUGGUUGGCGUCGCUACAACCCAAAGACCCACCGAUGCUGUAACCUCGGAAAAUUGCGUAAAGUCGUUCCACGAUAUGCAAUCUGCCCUAGUCCUCCCCUAACGUGUGGUUUGCGUCGCUACAACCCAAAGACCCACCGAUGCUGUUACCUCGGAAAAUUGCGUAAAGUCGUUCCACGAUAUGCAACCUGCCCUAGACCUCCCCUAACGUGUGGUUUGCGUCGCUACAACCCAAAGACCCACCGAUGCUGUUACCUCGGAAAAUUGCGUAAAGUCGUUCCACGAUAUGCAACCUGCCCUAGACCUCCCCUAACGUGUGGUUUGCGUCGCUACAACCCAAAGACCCACCGAUGCUGUUACCUCGGAAAAUUGCGUAAAGUCGUUCCACGAUAUGCAACCUGCCCUCGUCCUCCCCUAACGUGUGGUUUGCGUCGCUACAACCCAAAGACCCACCGAUGCUGUUACCUCGGAAAAUUGCGUAAAGUCGUUCCACGAUAUGCAACCUGCCCUAGACCUCCCCUAACGCGAACGUGUGGUUUGCGUCGCUACAACCCAAAGACCCACAAAUGUUGUGAUCGCCGAAUACUCACUCCCUUAUAUCGUAGUUGCCCUCUGAAGUACUAGUGGUUUCCCACAAUCCAGUGAUCUGCCAAGUACCUUGACCAGAAAGUCAACGAAUUUUUCCUCGUGGGAGUUUUCAUGAAAAGUAACAAUAUGGGUAAAGCCGCACUACUCUAAGUAAAACUUAAGAGCAAUUAAUGUCCUAAUCUGACGACGAUGCUAAUGUUUAAGACAUUUAUGUAAUGUU